GCAACGGGCGGGCGAGCGGGCGGUCCCGGAUGGCGGCGGUGCAGGGAUGAUUUCUCUCCAGAGUUUCUUUUUGAAUGGAAGUGUGCUCCUUGCCAGUAGAAGAUGGUGAUCCCAAUGUAUGACCAUGGAGAAGGGGAUAAGUUCAGUAGAAGUGUUACCUUCCAAAUCAUCUCAGGUUACAGCUGUAAAAGUGGUGGUCAAAGAGCCCGAAACAAAGCAAACCCAAAGAGGGAAACGAGUGGGAUUUGUGCUUGUCCAUGCAGGUGCAGGUUAUCAUUCUGAAUCCAAAGCUAAAGAGUACAAGCAUGUGUGCAAAAGAGCCUGCCAGAAGGCAAUUGAAAAGCUACAGGCUGGUGCUCUUGCAACAGAUGCAGUGACUGCAGCACUUAUAGAAUUAGAGGAUUCUCCUUUUACAAAUGCAGGAUUGGGAUCUAACCUAAACCUUCUGGGUGAGAUAGAAUGUGAUGCCAGUAUAAUGGAUGGAAAGUCAUUGAAUUUUGGAGCUGUUGGAGCACUGAGUGGAAUCAAGAAUCCAGUUUCGGUUGCAAAUAGAUUGUUGUGUGAAGGGCAGAAGGGGAAACUCUCUGCUGGCAGAAUUCCACCUUGCUUUUUAGUUGGUGAAGGAGCUUACAGAUGGGCAGUUGAUCACGGGAUACCAGCAUGUCCUCCAGGUAUCAUGGCUACAAGGUUUAGUUUAGCAGCUUUUAAGAGGAACAAGAGGAAGCUGGAGUUGGCCGAAAAGGUGGAAACAGAUCUCAUUCAACUAAAGAAAAGAAGACAAUCAAAUGAAAAGGAGAAUGACUCAGGAACCUUGGAUACAGUUGGUGCAGUUGUUGUUGACCAAGAAGGAAAUGUGGCUGCUGCUGUCUCCAGUGGAGGUUUAGCACUGAAGCACCCUGGAAGAGUUGGUCAGGCAGCUCUUUAUGGUUGUGGCUGCUGGGCUGAAAAUACAGGAGCUCAUAACCCUUAUUCCACUGCUGUGAGUACUUCAGGUUGUGGAGAGCACCUUGUCAGGACCAUACUGGCCAGAGAAUGUUCAUGUGCUUUGCAAACAGAGGAUGCCCACCAAGCUCUCCUAGAGACUAUGCAAAACAAGUUUAUUGGUUCACCUUUCCUAGCCAAUGAAGAUGGUGUACUGGGAGGUGUGAUUGUUCUCCGCUCCUGCAGGUGUUCAGCAGAGCCUGAAUCCUCACAGGAAAAGCCAACUUUACUAGUGGAAUUUCUGUGGAGCCAUACAACAGAGAGCAUGUGUGUUGGAUACAUGUCUGCACAGGAUGGCAAAGCUAAGACUCACAUUUCAAGACUUCCUCCUGGAGCUGUGGCAGGACAGUCCGUGGCAAUAGAAGGAGGGGUUUGCAGGCUGGAGAGUCCAGAAAGCAGCUGAUUCUUCACUUCAUUGCAGAGAAUGUGAAUGACUCUUUGUACAAUAAGGUUUUUUUUUUGUGUUUUAACAGAUGUUGGAAAUUCUGCUUUUGUUUUAUACUCCGUAUUGCAACCAUGUGCACCACAACUUGAGACAAGUGCUGCUGUAGUUUAUGUUCUCACUCUGUGAAUGGGGGUUGUAUGCAUGUUCAUUUUGUCUCACGAAUAAAAUAGGAACACUCCCCAGUUGUGCAAAGAUCAUGUAUAAUUAAUGAUUGCAUUUUCAUUUUUCUGUGUUGAAAGAUAACCAAAAGUUAAGAAAAAAAUAAUUUAAAGAUACGGUCACAAUUGUCAUUCAUAUUCUAAAUUUAAAAGUAACAGGCCUUUGAAGUGGCUUUAUAAUUAUGCAAAAAAUUAUUAUGGUUUCUAAGUUUCUUAGUGGUUUAAAGAAAUCCAGAGGUGAUUUAAACAUAAGUUGUUUAUUUCCUCUCCAGUAAGGAGGAUUCUUUUUUUGUUCAAAGAAUGGUUUCAGUGAAACAAACUAGAGCAAAAUUAAGGCUCAAAUUGUUUUUGAAUAGUCUUAUAGGUCAUAUCUGUGUUCCCAAACCAAGAUGUUAAUAGCUCCAAGCUGUAUGUAUUGCAAAAAGCUAUAUGAAGAUAAUGUAUCGUUACGCAGUCUUUAUGUAUAAUGGAAUAUUACAGUGUAAAUAAGAAAACAAAGUUUAUGGAAAGAUUCAAUAUUAUUCUUCACUUCUGCUUUAAAUCUAUUUUUAAGAGAGGUACAGAAAUGAACAUAUUACUGGAUGGGAAGUGCAAUGUGUAUCAAGUGGCUGGUGGGAGGUCUGAUACUGAGCUUUCGUGUUGGUAAAGCAACUUCCUCGUGUCCAGCCGCAGCAUGGGUAUUUAUAACUGUGUGUAAUAUGUAUGUACUGUGCAGAAAUUUACUGUAACUCUUUUGAUACCUUGAACAGACCUGCAGUGUAAAACAAUGUAAUCCUUGUCUGCCUCCUGAAGCAUUGGCAGCUGAACUGUCAUUUGUCACCAGUUUGGCUGUGUGAGCCAGGUUGCCCAAGUCCAAAAAGCGAGUUCUGACAUGAAACCUUCCACUCAGUUCUUUUUCCUUCACAGCACUGGCAGCAAUAGAAGACUUUUGUAAUUGAUUCAUUGUCCUGAUAAGUAUGCCAAAGAGAAACUAAAAUAGUUCAUCCUUUUCCCUGGUGGAUAUUUGAUAAUUCUGUUUUCAGAAAUAGUGGAUGAAUAGAUAUUCAGACUGUAUUUGCUUAAUCAGGCAUUGUACUUGCCUGUUUUGUAAUAUUGUGCCUGCCUAUAACAGACAUACUUGACUGAUGAAAUGGUUAUAUUGAUUGUAGUACCAAUCUUUCAUGGAAAAGAAUAAAAUUUUUUUAAUGGCCUGA